AUGGCGGAACGCUACAUCCCCGAACAUCGUCGCACUCAGUUCAAGGCCAAGAACUCAUUCAAGCCCGAUGAGCUUCGUCGCCGGCGUGAGGAGCAGCAGGUUGAGAUUCGUCGUCAGAAGAGAGAGGAAAAUCUGUCAAAGCGACGAGGCAUCACCCGCGGCGAUGGCGAAAUUGGUGUAGGCAGUAUCGACGACGCUGACAGCGAAGAUGAAGGUGGAAUGCUCGAAAGCGAGCUCUCUACAGACCUCCCUGAAAUGGUGAAAGGCGUUUUCUCCGACCACAUUGACUCACAGAUCGCUGCCACUACAAAGUUCCGGAAACUUCUUUCCAAGGAGCGUAACCCUCCUAUUGAGAAGGUUAUUGAGACCGGCGUCGUCAGCCGAUUCGUCGAGUUCCUGCGAUCCCCCCAUACCUUGGUCCAGUUUGAGGCUGCGUGGGCUCUUACCAAUAUUGCCUCAGGCUCGGCUCAACAGACACAGGUCGUUAUCGAGGCCGGUGCGGUCCCUAUAUUCGUCGAGCUGCUCCGCAGCCACGAGCCCGAUGUCCGUGAACAAGCGGUGUGGGCUCUGGGUAACAUUGCUGGAGACUCCCCCGCCUGCCGUGACUACGUCUUGAGCCAGGGUGCCCUCAAACCUCUCCUCGAGCUUAUUGGCGACGGUCGCAAAUUGAGCAUGCUGCGCAAUGCUACGUGGACCCUGAGCAAUUUCUGCCGUGGCAAGACUCCCCAGCCAGACUGGCAACAGAUCCACCCCGCUCUCCCGGUCCUCGCCAAGCUCGUCUACAUGCUGGAUGACGAGGUCCUAAUUGACGCCUGCUGGGCCAUUUCUUACCUGUCCGAUGGGUCCAAUGACAAGAUCCAGGCCGUCAUCGAAGCCGGCAUCCCGCGCCGCCUCGUCGAGCUCCUCAUGCACGCCUCCACUUCCGUCCAGACCCCCGCCCUGCGAUCGGUCGGCAACAUCGUCACCGGUGAUGAUGUCCAGACUCAAGUCAUCAUCAACUGCGGAGCUCUGCCGGCUCUCCUGUCACUUCUUGGGUCUCAGAAGGAUGGCAUCCGCAAGGAAGCUUGCUGGACCAUCUCCAAUGUUACCGCUGGCAAUUCGACUCAGAUCCAAUCUGUGGUUGAUGCUAACAUUAUUCCUCCUCUGAUUCAGCUCCUGUCGAAUGGUGACUUCAAGACCCGCAAAGAAGCGUGUUGGGCUAUCUCCAACGCCACCUCGGGCGGUCUUCAGAAACCAGAGCAAAUCCGUUACUUGGUUGCUCAAGGCUGCAUCAAACCAUUGUGUGACCUGCUUGGCUGUCCCGAUAACAAGAUUAUCCAGGUUGCCUUGGAUGGUCUUGAGAACAUUUUGAAGGUCGGCGAGAUGGACAAGGAAGCUGCUGGUGCCAACACUGCCGAAUCUCAGGUCAACCGUUAUGCUCUGUUCAUCGAAGAGGCUGGCGGCAUGGAGAAGAUUCACGACUGCCAGAACAACGCCAAUGAGGAGAUUUAUAUGAAAGCUUACAACAUCAUCGAGCGCUACUUCUCGGAUGAGGAGGAUGCUGGUGCUGAUAUUGAGGAGCUUGCUCCUCAGGCUAAUGCUCAAGGAUACACCCUCAGCAACCAGCAACCUCAAGGUCAAUUCAAUUUUGCCGCCAAUAGCAACGACUCGAUGGACAUGUGA